AUGAAGGUUGCUGCUGCCAUCCUCCCCCUCCUCACCGCGGUGUCCGCUUCGUGCCUUCACGGCACCUCGCUGCUGCCCCGUUCGGCCGAUGGCACUGUCGACAUCAACUCCUUCAACUACACAAACCUCGGCGGCCCUCUUAACUGGUACGGCCUCAACAAAGAGAAAAACAGCGCUUGCUCCACUGGCAAACGUCAGUCGCCCAUCAACAUUGUCACCGAAGACAUUGACUAUGCUGCCGCCAACUCCGUUCAAUUCAACAUCCCUAAUGCCGACGACAUCAAAUUUGAGAACCUUGGGUCCGGUCUUGAGGUUGUCCUGACCAACGGUUCCCUGGUCACCAAGGCUGCCUCCUACAAGCUUGCUCAGUUCCACUUCCACACUCCUAGUGAGCACCGCAUCAACGAUGAGUACUACCCCAUGGAGGCUCACUUCGUCUUCGAGAACACCGCUGGCGCCAUCGCUGUCGUCGCCUUCGUCUUUGAGCUCUCCCAGUUCGGCUAUUCCACCCCCCUGUUCGACUCCGUCUUUGCUCACAUUGAUGACAUCGCCACUCCUAGCAUCUACACCAAGACUGGCCACCUCGACUUCACUGCUCUCAGUCGGCACCUGAAGACCCACGGUAUCUACCAAUACAACGGGUCACUCACUACUCCUCCAUGCUCCGAGAGCGUGGCCUGGUACCUCAGCACCGAGCCUCUGCCCUUGAACGUGCAAAGGGUCAACGCCGUCAAGCAUGUUCUCAAGUUCAACGCCAGAUACACACAGAACGCCCUCGGCCAGGACAACCUCCUAGAGGUUGCCGCUGCUGAGCUGAACUAA